AAAAUUUAAACAUGGCGUCAAGAGCGAGGACACUCGUGCACAAACUGCAUGCAGUCAGUUUGAUCAAAAGCGCUAUUGGGCAGCCCUGGUGGGAGAAAAGAACCGUAAAGUUUCUAGGACUGAACAAGCUACACAAAACAGUAAUUCUCAAGAAUACAGACACGAUAAAUGGCCAGUUACAAGCGAUUAAACACCUGAUUGAUGUCAAACCAGUAGAGAUUGUUGAAGAAGACACCGAUAAAACAUCAGGGGAGGACGGAGUGUUCUUGCGAGAAAAUGGACAGUUUCACCUCAGUACGUUCCAGGAUUACAUGAAAAAUAAUCCACGAAUGGAAAAAGUGCUACAGAGGAGACGGAAGCAAGUGGUAUGGGAAAGAAAACGACGUCGAUAACAAUUGUCAUCCACUAUCAAAAAUGUAUGCAGUUGAGUUUAUAUCCCAAACAAGGAAAAAACACUGUAAACUGGACAAUUAUCGCAUUAAUAUUUUGCAAAGACAUCUUGCUAUCAAGUUUCUGACAGCAAGAUCGCGUACAGUAAUUUGCAAGGAAUUUUUAAUAUAAGACUUACAAGCUUAUGGGAUUUUCCAGUUUUCAUCUACGACAGAAGACUUACAUGUCAAGCGUACAUGUAUAUGUUGUGGUUCAAAUUCAUCCUUGGUUUAUAUUUUAUCUUCCUUUGUUUUGGGGUAUGGUUAUGCAUGAUAAUAAGUUUGAAAUAAAAUUUAGACCAAGGAGAAAAAUUGAACUAAAACAUAUACACCAAGAAGUAGAACUGCUGACAACAGUGGAGGUCAUAGCCUAAUAUUUUACCCACAUGCUCUGGGAAUGAUAAUUGAAACUGGAAAGAAGACCUGUACUUCUAGUAACCCAGUGUGCUAGGCUAGUGUACAAUAUGGGAUCUUCCACAAACUUUUACUUCUACAAUCCCUGAUGGUUCCUGGUGGUUCAAUGCUUAUUUGGUGAUUAUUAUUUUUCCAACCACUGAAUAAAUGUUAGCUUAUGAUUGUGAAAUGCUUCUUGUGUCCCCAGGCAAUCACUGGAUCUGUAUUAAAUUCUCAACUUGACUGUAAAAGCUUCUUUUUAUGAGACAAUGGAAAUCUGACACUACAAUAACUUUAUAAAUAUCACUGUUUACUAAUAUCACCAUACCAUUUGUAACAGGAACAAUGGCUUGAGUAGAUGAUCAGUGAUGAUCACAUCGUAAAUUUGACAGGAAUUUGGUGUUUUCCUGCCAUUUCGGAUUACAUUUUACAGAAUCCCUUUGAGCUACAUUUUAUGAGAGACAACUUUGUUAGAAAUUUUCAGGUUGGUCCAGGAUCCUCCAAUUUGAAAUAUUGUAAUCUUUGCAGAUUUUCCAGUGGAUGUAUAAAGAAGGCGGCCUUGGCCCUAGUUGUUUAAAAGUUGGAUAGUGUUAUUCACCAAUUAAAUCUCUAUCCAAAGGAUAACAGCACUCAAUUGGUUUCCCUAAUAUUUAUCCACUGGAGAGGGACUUAUCUCGGGGAUAGUGCUCUCUACCUUUUGAACAACUACGGUCAGGACUUUUCUAAUUCAGGGCAGCCACAGAUAAUGUGAUUGAAGGUUUAGCGGUUACACACCCAGCCCAUACAUGUAGGGUUGAUGUUGCCUGCGUGAUGUCUCUCUUCAUGAUUCUGUGGUGUUAAGAGCUCAUUGUCAAGCUUUGAUCUUGGGCUGCAAUAAGAAGGCCUUCUGUUUCUGCCUUAAGCUUAGCACUUUUCAACCAUUCAUGAGAUAAUGAGCAAAACAUGUCCCUCUUUGACUCUUGUAGGGUACAUUAGCUUCUCUAGCCAUUCUAGGGUAAUUUUUACAAUGUGCUUGCUAUUUACAUGUAGCAUAAUUUGGUAUUGGCUCUUCUCACAAGUGCUGUGACAGAUUCGUUUUUAGCAUAGUCCAGUCUGCUAAAUCAAGUUCAGGAAAGAUUUUUAAAGGAAGUAAUGCCUACAGAUGAUGUGACAG